UGAUGUUGAUUAAAUCAUAGACCUUGAAUGAAUUAUCAGCCGCUGUCAAAUUUGUAGACGUACUUGUUGAAUAUUGUUUAAACUUAGAAAAAUUAAGAUAAAUCUGUGUUAAAUAUGUAACGAACGACUUCAGGGCUUCCUUAUAUAUUACAGAAUAUCGUACAUGAAAUGUAUUUUUGAAGUGAGAAGUGGAAGAUGGAGUUGAAUAUAUACAUAUGUUUCGUUUUAAUUUUUUCGCCUGUAUUGGGUCAAUUUUACGAAGACAGGAGGUGCCGAUGCAUAUGUCCAAGUCUCGCUGCCGUUUUGAACAACAGCAUGACCACAGAUCGAAGAUUUUAUACCGAUAACGUUCCACCCAUAAAGUGCAAUUGCGAAAACGUUGUCCUGCCGAAAGUCAGCACCGAGCUUAAAGGACACGAACUGGAGUUUUGCCCUCGUUGCGAUUGUCACUUUGAAAUUCGUAACACUACCGUUAUAAAAGUGGUCGUCAUAAUGGUAUUAUGGGUGUUAACGUUACUCUUCGGCUACAUGGGCUUCCUGUUGUGCCUUGAUCCUCUGAUCAACAAGAAAAAAGUCAAGUUCUACCAGGAACACAGCUCGGAAGAGGCACGUACGCUACUGAUGCAGGGUGAAGAUGUCGAAGACUGAAAGGGUAUAUAUAUAUAUUUACUAAACAUAAAAUGACAGAGCAUAUAUUCUUGUAUUAAUCUCGUGAAUUAUAUAUAUUCUUUACAAAUGUAAACCUGUUAUCGUUUAGUAAUAUAAUAUUGUAGUUAUAAAUCGAGAGAAAAAGAAAAACUAACAAAAUAGUAGAGUAGAAUAGAGUAUGCUUUGUUGUAAACGAAAAUGAACACGAAUGAAAAAAUAUUGAAAAGUACAUGGCCAGUUUCUUCCAGAGAACGAUCAGGCGGAAUAAUUUAAGUUUUUGCUUUUAUUCGCUCGGUAUGUAUGUAUCUAUGUUUGUAUCUAUAGGAAUCUUUUGAACGUUUACGAGCGCGGCGUUUGGAACACCGUCGAAAUAUCGACGGCACUCGUAAAUGUUAAAAACGCUCUAAGAAUCCUUCGAAUAAUAGUGUUUUUAAUGCAGAUAGUCGCGAAAGUUGGAAACAAUUCACAAUGCAUAGUUUAACUAAUGCCUUGGAACACAAUAAUGGUCUUAAAUUAAUUACGAAAGGUGAACAACAGAAACGGAAUUACUUUUAAUGUACAUUACGGUUCUUAGAUAAUAAAUUUUUAUAUGAACAAAGUAACCUUAUGAAAUGUAAAAAGAUUAAGCGCUUGAAAUCUUGACAAUACCUCUCGAUAUGAACAUAGUUUAUAGACGGAAUUUCUUAAACGUUAACGGACGAUGUUAGUGCACUCCUCACUGAUCGGGGCACGCUUUGAGCUUGCACUUAUCAGUCUGGUAACGUACCGCUAAUGCAAGUAUAAGAGAAAAUUACUUUGUAUUUUUGUCCUCGGCAAUUGUAAAAAUAUGGCUAAUAUAUGUAAUUGGGUGAUGGCUUCCACGUUGUGCUCUCUAGGUGCUCUCGGAACCACUUGAUAACGAGUGAGCAGUAAGCUUGUUUGCCUUAGAAGAAGAGAUACUAAUCAAGCGAUUACUGGCGAUGCGAUAAGAUAUGACAAUUAUCAGAGGUUUUCGUUUCUCGAUUUAUAUAAAGUAGACAUUAAUGGAUUCACUCCUAAUGAAAUUUUAUUGAAAAAUUAAAGUACAAUAUUUUUCUAUAUUACGGAGAUUAUUUUAUAAAAUCCGUAAAAAAAGCGUUAUGAGAACAAUUUUUAUAUCUACCGUCUUACUUAAAGAAUCAUACUAGGGGUGUUCAAUAAAAAAUGUUAAUGACUAUGACGCAAUUAUCUUUUAUUAAAUAUUAUUUUGAUUCAUUUAGUCACGUUUCAGAUUUAUUCGAUUUGUAUAUUUUUUUCUGAAGGUAAAAUUCACUUUUAAAAAAGUCAUCUUCAUUCCUUCAAAAAUCAUGUACCGUGGCGACUAAUGCGUCAUCAUCUUCUAUUUUAUGACUUAUUGAGAUGUUCCUUUGACUGCAGAAAUAGGUAGAAAUUUCUAGGAGCUAGGUCCGGUGAAUAUGGAGUAGGUUCCAUCAAUUGUGGCUUCGAAUGGCAGCCACCGCAGCUCUGGACUUGUGCGCCGCGCCGUGGCGUUAUCUUGGCGAAACAAAACAACUUUAGCGAGUGUUCCGCGACGUUGCUGGCGUAUUUCCUUACGCAACUUUGUUAUUUGUCAUGCUUACAAAGUUCCCGUAAUAGUGACCAUAGUUAAGGUAUUCGAACAUUACCAUCCCUGGGCUGUCCCAGAAAAAACAGCCCGGCAUCUUACCGGCAGAUGAAAUCCUUAAAUUUCUUUGCAGUUUGUGAAGACUUCCAAGUCACGCAUUGUUUCGUUUCCGGCUUAUAAUGGUGAAGAAUUGGUCGAAAAAUUGGCUCGAUUCAUUAAGAUCUUGUUCAAAUAGAGGUAUUUUAAUACCGCGCGAAUUUCAAAUUUAUCCAUUUUUAAGAACACGUUCCGACAUAACGUAACCGAAAAUGACAUCUAUUUUUAAAAAACAAAAGACAAUUGAUUGCUUUAUAUUAUUGUUAUAUGUAAUGCCUGGGCCAUGCCUCCCAGUAUUUAUUUUUUCUCUCCGGAGAGAAUGUAUCGCAUUACCAUUGUUUAUUGAACACCUCUCGUAUAAUCUUUCUUUAGAAGUUUUAUGGAAAAUAUAUUUACGUUAAAAUUCCGUUGACCACUUCACAUUAGGUGGCCAAUCAACAUGAUACGCAGUAUUCGUAGACAAUUUUUUUUAUAAGGUUUACUAUCAUCAGAUGAAAUACUUUUUAGCCAAUUAGUGGAAAUCGCUUGAACGAUAUUUACAAGAUAAGUACACGAAUUUAGUUGAUAAAAAUGAUAUAAAAGCAAUUAGUGAAUUAGCAGUAACAUUAACAGUUUUUUAUCUACCUAUCUGCCUGUAGCCUCGAGGGGCUAUUCUGGUUAGUCAAGGUGAAAACUGGUGGGUGAGCACGUUGGCUUAACCUGUAUGUUUAGUGCGAGUUUUUUAACGUUCUCGAUAGCGUAAAAGUUAACUGAAAUUUGUAAGGAGUUGGAACAGCGCCCCUAGCGGCAAACGUAGGACUUGUU